GUCGUGCCUGCUGCAUCCUGUGCGUUACGAAAGAGCUAGCUAGCUGUCACCGGUGUUCCAGCCUUCGAGAAAACCGAAAGCAAGGACGCAAGGAAAGGAGAGAUAAAUCGUAGCAGCGGGUGUGUGUGUGUGCGUGUGGAGCACUGCAAGGCAGCCAGCCCCUGGUCACACACACGGAAAACAACAGCGGCAACCAUGCUCGGACGGCGAGUGUUUGUGUGCGUGCUGUCCUUGGCGACAUCGGUCAUGGUGGCGGGGUACGACGACAGACCAAUGAAUGAGGACGAAUACUUCGGGGCCCGCAUGCAAGAACAUCACCAGGGGGCGGGAUUAUACCAAGAACCGCAGGGGAGCAACAAGCUGGUCCUCCUCGCCGGAGCGAUCGCGGGAGCCUCGAUCGAGUGGUGGUGGAGCGCGCGAUCAGCCAAGAAGGGAAACAAGCUGCUCGAACAAGAGUCGGCGGCCUUCAUUGCGGAGUGGAACAAGGAGCGAGACGCGUUGAUGGCUAGGCGGACGUACCCCAUCAAGCUUUUGGCCCACGAAGUCGAGGAGGCGGACGUGCAGCUGAUGCAACUGGUGGCGGCUGCCGAGGACGCCGGCGUGGACUUGGGGGCCGGGGGCAGCGGGUUGGGAGGAGGGGCGACAAGGCCGAAGGCGCGCAGCAUCCAGCAAGACAACAUGGAGUACGAGGAGUUCAAGCAGCCGGACACGGACGGAGACAACGUCAUCAGCAAGACGGAGUUUUACCAGUACAUCCGGAAAUACCUGUCCCUUUACCCGGACACGGCGGAAAUGGAUAUCCCCCACUUCGAGGACUUCGACCUGAACAACGACGGCGUUGUGUCCUUCGACGAGUGGCAGAUGUACCUGGACCGACACCAGCAACAGGAUCCUUAUGCCGAGAACGACCUGAUGCGCGGCAUGUACGACUCUUCCGCUGGCUCGCAGAAUUUCAACACUUUGGCUCAGAAUCUGCGCACGCAAGGACGGGCGGGCGGUGGACGUUACUAA